AUGCCAAGAUCGCGAAGUGCCUCAUUUGACACCUACAACGAUGUGUAUCCAGAGAAUGACGACCCAUACUACAAUGACAACCUGAAGGGAGGUGGGUCUGAUCAUCGUUCUCCCUCAUCGCGCAGUCGUUCAAGGGAUCGCUCUUCAAGUCGUUCAAGGUCAAAGUCCAGAGGUCGCCACCGUUCCCCUUCACGGUCACGUUCUCGCGACAGAAGGCGUUCAUUGAGCGAAAAAGCGGUUGACCAAACUUCAUUCACGGGAAUGCUGGAUUUUACUUCAAUUCCAAGUACUGGACAUCACGAUUUGUUGCGAGCCAGCUGGGACACUGUUUUCUACAACAAAGACAAUUUUGAUGCAUGGACUGACCUUUUGACAAAAGUUGAACAAUUGAAUGACAUCAAUGCUGCACGGGAUAUCUUCGAACCUUUUCUUGUUCGCUACCCAUACUGCUACGGGUACUGGAGAAAAUACGCUGAGUUUGAACGUAGAAGUGGAAAUCUCGAAAAGGCCAUGAGUGUAUGGGAACGCAGUGUCUCAGCGAUUCCUCUAUGCAUUGACUUGUGGCUGCCGUUCUUGGCAUUCUUUCGCGAGUUGGCUCUACACGCCGAGGGAGGACUUGAAAAGACUAGAGAGAUCAUGGAAAGAGCAAUGAUGUCAGCUGGAAUGGAAUACAAUAGCGACAGGUUGUGGGCUGAUGUAAUUCAAUUCGAGCUUGCGCAAAAUAAUCCAAGACGUGUAAUGGUGCUUUAUGAGCGGCUCUUAGGAAUCCCAACUGCACUUCAUGUACAGCAAUUUGAAAAGUUCCAACUCUAUGUCAAUUCCUUUGAGCCAAAUGAAAUACUGGAUGAAGAAGAGUAUCGGGAUAUCUUCAGCAAAGUUAAAAAAGCAGUUGACAUUGGGGUAGAGCAAAUGAUUGUUGAUGAGCGAAUAGCUUUGGCGACUAACGGAAGUGGCGCUCCUGGAGACGAACAAUAUAUUGUCAAGCGACGACAUGUCCCAGAAGUACUUCGCGUCUUCAGAGAAGAAAUCAUUGCACGCAGGCGAGCUCUUCAUCUUGAAACAGCCGGACAAGUGAUGAAGCGUGCUCCAUUUGAAGAAAAGAUCAAGCGUCCAUAUUUUCACGUGAAGCCAUUGGAUCCAUUGGAAUUUGAGAAUUGGCGACAAUACUUGGACAUGGAGAUCGAUGCGGCAAAAGAUUCGCGAGUGAUCGUCUUGUUCGAAAGAUGUCUAAUUGCCACAGCACUUUACGACGAGUUUUGGAUUAAAUACGCUCGUUGGCGAUGGCGACGAAGUGGUGAUGAGGGGGCCGCUCGGUCAGUGUUCCAACGGGCUGUAACGGUGCAUUGUCGUAAGAAGCCAGUUGUGCACCUUGCUUACAGUGCUUUCGAAGAAUCUGUUGGAAACUAUGAUGAGGCUGAGAGAAUUCUCCGUCAAGUUGCUGACGCCGUUCCCGGUUUGGUGAUGGUGGAUAUGCGCCUGCGGGGAUUGGAAAGAAGGCGCGCCAACUAUUUGGCCAAAAAGCGAGGCCUCGACGCUCCGGAUUACUCGAGUUUCAUUCAAAACUAUGAAAAGUGUGUGCAAGAUGAAAAGAAUACUCCUCGCUUGAAGAGCUACUACUCUAUCAAAUUGGCACAAGUGCAUUCAAAGUUGCGAAAUGACCCGGAUUUGGGGAUGCGAGUGAUCAAAGAAGCCCUUAGAACUGAUCCAGGAAACAACAAAUUGAUGCUUCAACUGGUCGAUAUUGCAAUGGAUGUCAAACCAAUUGACGAGAAUAAAGUCAUCGAAGCAUUUGACUACUGCUUACAGUUAAAGUUGCCAAGCACUGACAAGCUGGAGAUCAGCCAACGGAAGAUGGAAUUUCUCGAGGAGUUUUGUUCGAAUAUUCAUUUGUUGCAAGAUCAUCUUGAUUUUCACUCGGAUCUCGUGCACAAAAGUGACCAGCGUUUAGCAAGGAAACGUCUACAUCUGAUUGAGCAAAGCAUUAGUGAGCGAUCAAGACGGGAUGGCGACCUGAAACGCUCAAGAACGACAAUUCGCACAAUGAAUCGAGCUCAUCAUGAACGUGACCGUGAUAGAGGCCGAGAAAAGGAACGUGACAGAGACCGCGACCGGGAUCGUGACAGGGAUAGGGACCGUGAACGGGAUCGAGAUCGACGGGAUGAUCGUGAACGCAGUCGUGAUCGGGAGAAAUAUCAUUCUUCUCGUCGCAGCCACCGUGAUCGAGAAGGCCGUGAUCGCGAUCGAGACCGAGACCGAGAU